ACACAAGAAUUAAUAAUCUCUAAUAUUCAAUCUCAAACAUGAAGUGCCAAAACCAAUUUUCGAUUGCAAUUUUGCUAAUAUCAAUAACCAUCCUAUUUUAUUCAUCAUUAACAAGUGCUCUUGAAGAACCUGAGUAUGGAUACAAUGAAAAAAGUGAAAAUGGACCUAAACAUUGGGGUGAUCUCAAAAAUGAAUGGGCAGCAUGUAAAGGGGACAUGCAAUCUCCAAUUGAUUUGUCAAGUCACCGAGUAACUGUCAUUCCAAAUUUAUGGAAGCUAAAGAGUAGCUACAAGCCUCAACAUGCCACUGUAUCCAACAGGGGUCAUGAUGUUGCUGUGACUUGGGAAGGUGAUGCUGGCUCUAUUGACAUCAAUGGAUCAGAUUAUUUCCUUCAAAAUAGCCAUUGGCACUGGCCAUCUGAACAUACCAUCAAUGGAAGAAGGUAUGACUUAGAGUUGCACUUGGUUCAUGUUAGUCCUCAGCCAGAUGGAACAAACAAGACUGCUGUUGUUGGUCUUCUGUACAAGUAUGGUUCACCUGAUCCAUUUCUCUCCGAGUUGGUAAAGUACAUAGUAGAAGUUCCUGAUGAAGAAGAAAAAACAGACAUAGGUGUUAUUGAUCCCUCAAAAAUAUUCAAGAGUUCAAAGAUGUAUUAUAGAUACAUGGGAUCACUCACUGCACCUCCUUGCACCGAAGGAAUCACUUGGACCAUUGAUAGGAAGAUAAGAACAGUUUCAAGAGGACAAGUGAAGUUAUUGAAGAAUUCUGUACUUAAAUAUUAUGCAAAAAGGAAUGCAAGGCCAGUGCAGAUCCUGAAUCGGAGAGAGGUUGAACUAUUCGACCCAAAGGCAAAGGAUAUACCUCACUAUUGAUACAUGCAUAUAUUGUAUUUGUUUGUUUCUUUUGAAUUCAUUUUCCUAUGUGAUUAUUUUCAAUCCAUAAAUUUGUGUGUAAUAUUAAUGUGUUACUGUUAAUCCAUUUAUUAUUAUUUUUUAAUAAUCUUUUAAUAAUUAUCAUCUCAUAGUUUAGAGAUUGUAAAAGUG